CAAUCGAAUUCGCGCAGCCACUCCGGACGGAUCACGAAUCGUCUUCGAAUCACUUAUUAUUAUGAAGGUUUCGAUUAGAAUAGAUAUUCUCGUCGCGCAGCAGACGUCCGUAUGAUUGUAACUGGAAAUAUUUUUCACCGUGGGAAAGCGUGAAAAAUUUCGGGCCAUUGAUGAACAAUGUGCAACAAUCCUGCUCAGUUUUGCGUGCACAGAAAAACUGGAUCGUGUGGCCUUAACGAAGAAUAUUACGUGUUAACUGGUAUCGGAUUAAUUCAACGUAGUUGUAUUGCGGAACGACCAAUGGGAGCAGUCAGGGACGCUUGCCACGACAAGCCGCGACUUCCGAAGCUACCCGACGACAAUAAAAACCUAUGAGAACGAUACGGUUUUGUUGCCCUGUUACGUGGAAGAUCAGGGUACGCAAACUAGGAUGAGAUGGUGGCGAGAGGAGGUUCUUUUAGCCGACAGCUUCGAGAUGGACCGGCAGACCCCCGAAAGAAUCACCUUGUUCAAGAACGGUAGUCUGCAAGUGCUAAAUGUGCAACGGGAGGAUAGCGGCGAAUAUGUGUGUCAGGCGAUCCGGCCGUCUCCUUGGGGACACAUUACGCAAGUACACGAGAUCGAAGUAAUGUAUCCGCCGAGCGUGGAGACUAUACCGGCGUCCGGCGAGCUAGAAGUUAAUCUUGGAGAGAGGGUGUACAUGCAAUGUGUGGCGAAGGGUGUACCGGCCCCCAUCAUAAGUUGGAGGACGAAGGACGGAGAAAUCCCAUUAUUGGCUGUCAGAUCGCAAUUGAGUUUUCAUGCUGAAAAUCGGAAUCUCUCCGGCAGGUAUACCUGCGUCGCCACUAAUGAAGUCAGCGAUCCCGCCGUUGGGCAUAUAGAUCUACGUAUUAGAUACAAGCCGGAGAUUUACGUGAAAAAACCGUGGGUGCACGCGUAUCCAGGAAUACGAGUACAGCUGGAUUGCACGGUGACUGCCUGGCCCGAGGCGAAGGUUGAUUGGUAUUUCAAAAACGAAACAUUGAAAUACACAUCGCGAAUAGUGAGACAUGAUGCUGGGAACGAUCAUAGUCUGGUGAUAAGGAAUGUAAAGGUAAGCGAUUACGGUUCCUAUCUCUGCAGAGCAUCAAAUUCUCUGGGAGUCACUGAAAAGAUCAUCGAACUAUCGGAGAUCGCGAAUCCGGCAAUCUUCAAGAAAGAAUCGCGCAGCACGUCUAGCACGUCGUAUAAUUUCAUCUGGGAGGUCGACAGCUACAGUCCUAUCAUCGAAUAUCAGUUCUGGUUUCGUAAAUACAAGAAGGAUACUAACGGCAAAUGGCACAGAUUGUAUAUACCCGGUGACAAUGAAGUUGUCAGCCCUGUGCAUGUUCAUUCCUUCAAUCUGACAGGCCUGGACGUGGCGACCCAUUACGAGGCAGUCGUUUUAUCCAGAACUCGCUACGGAUGGAGUCAUCCUUCAGCAAUACUGCGCUUCCACACCGAGGGAGCUUCCAUCGAUUCCAGCGAAAAUUUCGAGACUGAUGGCGAUCAAGAGCAGAACAUGAUAUCUGGUAUACAGCUCGCAUCCAUGUCGCAGCACUAUCCUUUGGCAGCGGAUGCAAAUGGAUCAAUGUAUCAUCGAGUGAAAACAUUAUUGUUGAUGUUAAGUAUGCUGUGUACUUUAAUCAUAAUAUUCGACAGCAGAUUUUAAACGUUUGUACAAAAUGCGAAAAAAAUAUAAAACGAACUGUUAUAAUUUA